AUUUGCCAAAAGUUUUUUUGUUAUAUAUGAAAGAUAGCCCUAGUUAUCAGGAAACUGGAAAGUUCUCCUCCGAAUUGUCAAGAACUCAUAUUGAAGAUAAGCCUCAGAGUUUAUUGUCAACCAAGGAGUCCAUUGAAUGUGAAAACAAAGGCAGUAAACGUGAUUUGGAGUAUGUUUUGGAGUCUUUAGAAGGAUUGAAGAAACGUUAUAGGGAUAGUGCUUCAGAACCGUUGUCUCGCCAGACAAUACUCAGUGACAAGGAUACGUAUCCAAGCUCAAAGGCGAGAACUUGGUUUGCUAUGACAGGCUCCUCUCCAAAUAACGCCGUGGCUCCCUUUCGUGAGACUUGUAACAAUCUUGGAACUCAAAAUUCAGCAACUAUACUUGCGAAUAAUGCAUCAAGAACUGCUCCCUUUGAUAUGACACUAACCAGCGAACCUGCAAAGAUAGAAAAGGUUUUAAACCACUCCGAAAGUCCUCUACAAGAAGUCCCGUAUCCACCGUUUUAUUUUCCUGCAAUGUUGAAGAAUGCCGAACAAGCCGAUACGGAAAUUCAUCUAAAACUAGCAAGUUCAUCUCCUGUAGAGACAGCUAUACAGUCAAACUCGCUUCCUCAUUGGUCAUGGACUGAUUUUCGAUAUACCGGUAAUGCUAUUCCUAAUAUGAAUAGCAACCAUUUCAACAGAACUCAAGAUGGUUAUAGAAGUAAUUUACCGAUACAACAUUCUGCACAUAUUCUCGGUUCAAAUUUUCAAAAUUCCAUGCAGACAUAUGCCUAUCCUGUAAUUCUACAGUAUCCAUUUCCUUACGUCUUUCCGCAUAACUCUGAAUUCGCCAACCUGUCAAAAGAAAAUGUGAAACACAUACCUUUUAGGACUGAAAGCGACACUCAAAACUAUCAUCAAAUGGACCCCGAAAUUUCGAAGACAGCUGCCCUCUCAUAUUCGGUGGAAGACAAAAAUGCCGACUUAUGGAAACAAGGAACGCAUUCGGAAAGCAGACCGAUUAUUUCUAUGGUUUCCAGUGAUUCCUUGAAAACUGCUGGUAAUCAGCAGGUGAAGUUAGAAGUGAAUGAGGAAAGAUUUGCUGCUAUAUCUUCUCCUUUCUUAAGAAAACUCUUAUCCAUCGUUGAAGAGAAAGAUAUUGAACAUUUGUGUUGUUGGACAAAGAGUGGACGGUCGUUCGUAGUUUGGCAUCCAAUAAGGUUUGAGAACGAAGUGUUGCCCAGAUAUUACAAACACAGUAACUUUUCGAGUUUUGUUCGUCAACUCAAUCAGUAUGGUUUUCACAAGCUACAUCCGGAAGCUUGGGAAUUCGGCCAUCCCUUAUUUGUGAGAAAUCGCAUUGAUCUCAUAGUACGUAUAUGUAGAAGGCCGAGCCGUCGUUUAAAGAAGCAAACGGAUGCUCAUCAAGUUGAUUCCCUUGUGGAAGAAGUCACCAAUCACAAUCUUAGUCAAUGUGAGGAGAAUGGAAAGGCUUUAAGUAACGCCAUUUCCUCAGCAAUGUCAAUCAAUGACAACGAAGAAACUAUUUUGGAGGCGAUGGAGUCUUUAGACAACGUACAGUGGUCACAGGAAGAAGAAGAAGAAGAAGAAGAAGAAGAUGAUGAUGAUGAUAAUAAUAAUAAUAAUAAUAAUAAUAAUAAUAAGAGAAGAAUCGAAUAGUUUGGAAAACAAAAAUUUGAGCGAUGAGACCUGUCAAUUAUCCUCUAUGAAUAAGAGUCCAGUGAACACAGCCAAAGAGAAGCCAGCGGAAAUAAAGCAAUCGCAAGAUGA